CCAGAUGCCAAUAGCAUCCUUGUGUGAAUACUUGACUCUAAAGACCAGAACCUGAGAAUCUUUAGCCUUUAAGUAACCUUUCCUCGAAGCAAUUCUGCAUCUGUUUUUAUGAACGGAUUUUAAGCCUAUAGCCACAUUUUGUCCUCUUCCUCCUAUUUCCGUGCCUGACCCAAUUGCGAAGUCUUUUUAGGACUCAGCCAUGCCACCAAGAAAAGCAAUCACGCAUGCCGAUCUUGCACCAGGUCCUCGAAGCACCGAUUUGAGUAGCAAAACGGCUGUCUUCCUUAUGGUUCUAACCAUUCUUUCUGGCCUUUUUUGCUUUGUUCUUUGUCUUAUCGCAGAAGCCACCCAUUCCCAGGUGACGUGGGUUGCUGCUGCUGCCAAUGCUAAACGAAAUGGUGAGAAUUAUGAAUGUGUGUAUAGCGGAAGUGGCAAGACACCAUUGUUAUGUGCAGCUAUUGCGUUUGUGGGAAUUGCAGUUGCUAUGGUAGUAGAGCACAUGUACAUGUUGAUUGCAAUCAGUAAAGCACCUCCUCCAGCUUUACUUUCAUGGGACUCCAAUUGUCCUGUUGCCAAGAACAUUACCUGGCAAGCUGGAUUUUUCUUUGUUGCAACUUGGUUGUGCUUUGCCGUUGGGGAAAUCUUGUUGUUAAUUGGACUGAGUGUGGAAUCAGGACAUUUGAAGAAUUGGUCUAAACCAAGACCAAGUUGCCUCAUUAUCAAACAAGGGUUGUUCUCUGCAGCUGGAGUUUUAUCUUUGCUGACAGUUUUCUUUGCUGCUGGGCUAUACAUAACUGCAUUGCGUGCACAAAGAAUAUCCCAAGAGCAAGAAAACUUGAGGCGGCAGAUUCUUGAAGCCUCUGCUCUUUAUGCGACUCCGCCACCGUCACCACCACCUCAAAUCAUUGCCACUGCUAGGGAAAAUCCUAUUGCAAGAGAAAGACAGACUAUGCAACCGCCAUUCAUAGACCCACCAGCUUUUAGCAAGAACUUGAAUUUAGUAUAAAUAAUCGAGAAUGCAUUUUGGUGCCAUUAGCAAAGCUAAAGACACCACAAGACACAGCUCCAUUUCGUGCAAGCAAUGCUUGAGAGAAGUAUAUAUGCACGUAUCUGAAAUUGUAAUUCAUUUAUUUUUUUGUAAAUAGAUUCUUUUAAUUUUUUGAUUGCUGGAAAUUGAGCGUUGGCGAACAAAACGACAAUUCUUAAUAUAUAAAACGAGUUAGGUUUAUUCUAA